AUGUCAGAUAUCUGGUCUCUGAUGGGUUUUGAAGACACCGUAGUAUCAAGUGCAGACGAUUCAUUCGAGGUUGCAGACGCUCUGCGAGUCAUCACAAAAUUUGACUUGCUCAGUUUCGGUUGUAAACUCAUUUUUGCUAAUAUUCAGCAGCCCACUCUCAGUCACCAGGACAGCGAUGACAAUAGGCAGACUAAAUGGCCGAAAAUUGUGAUUCGCAUCACAGGUAACGAAUCGGUAGGAUCCAGAAUGCAAUAUGUGUCGAUGGAUAUAGUAUUGAAUAUUGUAUUGUACGGCACCCAAUUUCUCUAUCCAACUUGA